GAAUUUGGGGUAAAAUCAGUCAUUUCCAGUUUUAUUUUGUGUAGCAAAUACCAAACGCUACAGGACAUGAAUCUAAAGGAUUUUGCUUUUGGUUGAAUGAAUAUUUUCAGCAUAAUUAUGAUACAUUUUCAUGGCUAGAAUCGUCACUUUUUCUUUUUUUCUUGGUCUUCCUCUUUCUAUAAGAAACUUAUUCAUCAUCUCCUUCAAAGGAAGCAAUGGAUCCUACAGCCCAAACUUCGCUGUCUUCUUCUUCAGCUUCCUCGUCUUGUGCUCCAUGCAAAGUUGACAAACGCUGCUGUUCUUGCGUGACCAACUUGGACAGGAUACGUCGAUGGUAGUCACUUAGGUUACGCUGAGCGGUACUGUCCGCAGUAGCAAGAUAUGCCUACAAAGGGGAAGAAUGAGUCAAUACUUAUGUUCACUUGUGUAUUUCGUGAAAGUGUCAUCUUUUCACUCACCUGUAGCGUUUGCUCUCCUUCAAG